AUGGCUGAAUGUAACUUUGACAAAGGAAAUGAAGCUCACCAUGCUACUUUGUACGAAAAGGGUAAGCAGUAUUGUUGUGCGAAUAAAUAAAAUUCCGUGACAAAAAACAAUUUCCUCGAAUAACAAAUGGUUCGCUCCUCAAAUCCGUUUGCAAAUUUACCGCCAAAGGCUUGUGGACAAAAAUAAAAAAUUUAUUGACCUUCGGAUGUAAACACACAACCUAGCAGACGAAUUUUGUUUUGUGGAGAACAUGGAAGAGGUAAUAGAUGUGUUAGUUUUAGCUAAUAGACGUUAUCGUUUUAUAGAGGUAUAAACAUACUACAAUAUAAGAUAGAGUCUAUAAGGCACCUUAUUACAUAGGAAAUAAUGCAAGAGCUCCAGGGCCCUGAGUAAAGCCUCAGUUCAGUCUGCCAAAGCUACAAAUUUUAGUAACAAAUACAAUAUCAAAAAAGGCAAUAUCAUAGACAAUAUCACAUGUUUCGUUGUUUUGGUGAAAUUUUAAAAGCAAAAUUAAAAACUCGCGAAACCAAAGUCAUAAACGAAAUUUCAGGCCAAAAACGGCCAAUUUGAACAAUUUACGACGUUUAUUUGAAAAUACGACAAACAUAGCGCGUAAACCAGAAACGUUAGAAUAAUUUGGCUAAUAUUGCAAUUAUUCAGCCUAAAAAUCUAGUCUGAUUCACAAAAAAUUAAGGUAAAAAUAUAUAACUCACAUUUUAAAAUAAUUUUAUUGUAAUUUCCUUUCCAAAAACUGACCGGUCGAUUGUAGAAAGCAUUUACUGACUAUGUUUUAUCUAAAAGCCUUGAAGGCGACCAGAUCCAAACGUAAUAUUGUUUUCCGCGUAUAAUAUGGCUCUAAUUUUUGGGCGCAGCUGUAUAAUUUUGUUUCUGGAUUUUAUCAGUAAAAUUUUUGUAAAUUCUUUGUAUUUUACUUCCGAAUCAACGUGAUUUGUUAUUUAAAAUCAACCUUAUAUCACGAUUGUUCAGUUUUUACUUUGGAAGCUCAUAAAACUGCUAACAAUAUUGUUUUAGCUUUGGUGAGAUCGUGCCGCGCUUCUUCUGUUAUUGCAAGUUCUAAAAAUGGCACACCGGCUUCGGAAGAGGAGAUCUUCAAACACUUUCAAAUCAAGGACACUCACGAAGCCUCGACCAAGAAGUUGGCCAACCUUCUGAAUUCUCGAGGUAUCAAGUUGGCAGAUCCGAGGAUUCAGAAGUCGCGAGAGCUGUUACGACAUUUUAUGCGACUUCGGAAUGGCAAUAAGGACACAAGGCAUUACAAGCUCUCUAAGCAACACUUUUUGGAGUAAGGUAACUUUGAUUUUUGAGGAUUUAUAUUAUUUUUACAAAAAGCUGAUUAAAUCUUUCUUUUUAGGUAAUAAAACUAUCUUUUUGGCAAUUUUGUUAAGAAAUUUUAACGAUUAGUGGCAAAAAUUGUAAAAUACGCAAACUGUAGAUCUGUAAACACGUUUUUAUAGAUGUGUUCGCCCAUCGAUUGGAUUAAUCACACAAGCCAUUCAGAACAAUAUGAUUAUUCCUUCUUGGCAGUCGUUCAAGAGCAAGAUGGCUGAAAUCUUUGCACAGGUAUGGCAGAGUUUACAUAAUAAUUGUAAGAUACGUGAUAUGAUACUUUCAGUGUCGUGAAAUCAAGGAAGGUAACGUUGCCACUUACAUUCCCCAGCUAGCGCGACAAGAUCCGGAGUUGUGGGGAAUGGCAGUUUGUACUGUAGAUGGACAACGAUUUGGGCUCGGAGAUUCAAAAGAACCGUUUUGUUUUCAGUCGAUAUCUAAAGUAAGUUGAGUAUAGUAAAAAAUAUUUAUUUAGGUAUUAGUAAUGUAGUUUCAGUAUUAUUUUAAUUGGUUAUUACUCUAUUGACUCAUACGACAUGAUUUGUUACUUUGUAUUUGUUUUUUAAGUGAUAUUAUUGUACUUUCAGCCGUUUACCUACUCGGUAGUGUCGACUGAUAUUGGAUCUGAUAAAGUGCACGAAUACAUUGGUCAAGAGCCGUCUGGUCGAUUGUUCAACGAGAUUUGUCUUGAUGUUUGCUCGAAGCCGCACAAUCCCAUGGUAAAUGCUGGAGCCAUAAUUUGUACAACUUUGAUCAGAACUGGACUGUGUAUGGCCGAUCGGUAUGACUUUGUAAGUUUUUUUCUGAACUUAUUGUUACAGAUAAGGGCUAUAAUAAUGUAGCCAUAUAGCAUAUUUUUGGUCUUAAAAAUUUAAAUUUGGAGAUUUAUUUAGGAUAUCUUUAAUUCUUAUAGUAAAAUACGAUAAGCCACUUUUGUAGGUUCAUUAAUAAUGAUAGGAAAAGUUGUUUUAGAUAUACAAUGAGUACAAGAAGCUGGCUGGUGGAACUUAUAUUGGCUUUGACAAUGCCACUUUCUUGUCAGAACGCAACACUGCAUCGAGAAACUUUGCUUUGGCGUAUUUUAUGAAAGAAAAGAACUGUUUCCCUCCAGGAUCGUCUAAUCUGAAGCAGGAGUUGGACUUGUACUUUCAACUGUGCUCGUUGGAAACUGACUGUGAAAGUGCCGCGGUUAUGGCUGCUACUUUGGCAAAUGGUGGUAUGUUAUUACUGGGUUUUUUUAAAAUUUUAUUGUAGCAUUUAUAUGUAACAGAUAAAAGGAUUACGGCCAUAAUUACCUUGUAGGUGUCUGCCCAUUAACCGACGAACGUUGUGUAAGUCCCCGUGCCUGUCGCGACGUAAUGUCUUUGAUGUACUCAUGUGGAAUGUAUGAUUAUAGUGGUCAAUUCGCAUUCUCCGUUGGAUUACCGGCAAAGUCAGGAGUGUCUGGAGGUCUCAUCUUGGUUGUACCUAACCUAAUGGGUAUCUGCUUGUACUCUCCACGACUAGACAGAUGUGGGAAUACAGUACGAGGCGUGCAGUUCUCUCAGAAGAUGAUCGAACACUUUAGUCUUCACAACUAUGACUCUUUGCUUCAUGCUGAGCCGAAGCUGGACCCGAGACAGGACUGGAAUGUGGGCAAAGACGUAGCGGCUACAGAAGAGCCGGUUGUCGUUAAGGAAGAGAAAAGUAAUAAUAAGAAAGGCUUGUUGGCUUUAUGACAUUCUGAGAAGUUAUUAUUGAUUAUAUUAUGUUAUGUCCUACUUCAAGGAAUUCGAUUUUUGGCUGAAGGUGCGGGUAUAGCUUUUUUUGGUGAUUUUAGGGGAGGGGAACUCAUUUUCGCCCUAUUUUAUAUUCUUUGUAUUAUUAUUGUGAGUAAUUUCAGCCAACGACGACGCCUGCAUCAAGAAACGUCAUGAACGUCGGCCGAAGAAGUAA